ACACGCCGUAGUCGGUGCAUGCCGCAAGGUGUGCACUGACACCUACAUUUGACAUAUAUUUCUUCUCUGACAUAUAUCCUAGACCUAUUUUGACAGUGAUUUAAAUACUUCAACUUCUUGCAAUCGUCCGCAGAAGAUAAUCUGAAUUUGUGAAAAUGUGUCGUUUGAUAGUGCUCGUGCUGUUUUUGGAUUGUGCGUUUUGUUACAUAAAUUUGGCCGAUGUAGAAUGCGGAAUCGACAUAGCCCGGAGCGGGCGCAUCGUCGGCGGAGUAGACAGUCUCCCAGCUGAGUUCCCGUGGGCUGCUAGCGUGUGGCGGCAAGGGGCGCAUCAGUGCGGAGCCACUGUCAUCAAUGACAGAUGGUUGCUCACUGCAGGACAUUGCGUGUGUAGUGUAUUCGAUGAGUUCUACAGAUCUAAACAACUUUCAGUAAUGGUCGGUUACACGGAUAUAUCAACGAGCGAUGACAGUGAACCGUUAUCGAAAAUAAUGCCUCAUCCAGAAUACAGAUGCAGCAGAAAGUCCAACGAUGUUGCGCUUCUCAAGACUAUCAGGCAACUGAGAUGGUCCAGGGAACUACGUCCGGCCUGCUUGCCGCAACCCUCGUCUAAUGACUUCAGCGGCAUCGAAGCAACUGUGGCUGGAUGGGGUUUUACCAAUGAAGACCGUGAUAAAGGAUCAAGACCCAACAUACUUCAGAAGACAGAAGUGACCGUAGUAACAAACGACCAAUGCAACCAAUGGUACCAGUCAACGGGGAGUAAAGUGAAAAUAUUCCCUACCCAGAUGUGUGCUGGUCACGAAAAUGGCGGAAGAGAUUCAUGUUGGGCUGAUAGCGGUGGUCCACUCAUGAUAAAAGAUGCCCAACGCCACGUCAUGGUAGUGGGAGUGGUAUCAACUGGCAGUGGAUGCGCCAGACCAAGAACGCCAGGAGUCUAUACCAGGGUUUCCAGGUACACCGACUGGAUCAUGGAAAGUGUUGGUAAUGACAAAGCUAGAUCUGGAUUGAACUGGUAUCCUCGUUUUGGAUGAACAAAUAUUUGAAAAGCAAUGAAGAAUUUUUAAAACGAUUAUGUGGAAAGGCACAACUGGCAUCUCUUGAAAAAUUUAGUACAGUAUCGUAAUUAUGCUAAUUGAUUUAUAAUUGUAUUAUAACACUCUGACAUCCAUAGGUAUUGGAUGAUGAGGAACUAUUGAUCUAGAAGUCGUCACAUUGAGAAACAUAUUUAUAGAAUCUGUAAAAAAAAUCUUGUGUUUGGAUUGUUGAAAUCCCAUUGUAUUUAUAAAUAAUAAACUACUUUUGUAAUGCUAAUUAGAUCAGGAUCUAUAGGUUUACAUUACUGUACUAAACGAAAAUGGCUGCUUAUUUUCUUGAUAUUUCUCAUCUUUAACAUUCUUUAUUUCGUGAUGUCAGGUGUGUUGUUUACUUUUUAUUUUGUAAUGUCAGGUGUGCUGUUUACAUUACCAGGGGAGAAGUAUGUACUUAAAGCAAUACUAAAUGUAUGUUCAACGUUAAGUAUAGUUUGUAAUAGUCAAUAAGUGUAAUCUUUCAAGUAUUUUUUACUAUAAGAGGCUAAACAUAAAUAGAACAAUUAUAUAGAAGUACGUAACAAUUGUAAUAAUUAUUAUCUUCACAAAAGCAAUAGUUCCAAGUAAAUUCUAUCUAGACAUUUGUAAAAAUGUUUACUUGAAAAAAUAAAACAAAUAUGCCAAUACCUAGCGAAUAAGCAGGCAUUAUUAGUAGGUCUAUAAAUGUAGGAACAUGGAUAUCUAGAUAUAAUAGAUUUGGUCAAUGACAUUCUUAAUGUUAUUUUUAAACUACGUAAUAUUCUAUUGAUUUUGUCAUUAAUAAUGUAAAUUUAUCACAUAAAAAUGUUUUUGUUCAUCUCUAACACUAAAAAAGCGAGCUAAUACUAGAUGAAAUCUAAUGAAACCAACAUUAAAAAUGUAAAUGCUUGUAAUAAGGAAUAUUAAGGGUCACAAUUACGGGAAUAAUGUAACACAUUAAUCAAAGAUAUGACUGUGAUAUUAGCUUUAAGCCAUCUUAUAACACACCCUAAUAAACACCUCAAAGAACAA